AUGGAUGACUGGGUGGAUGACGGGUACAGGGGUAGAGGCUCCGAGAGAAGAAGGAAUGAUAAUACCAUUGUACCAGCGGAUACAAUGACAACUUUGGCCAUACAAAUGGCCCCGGUUGCUUUGGAGGAGGUGGAAGCGAAGAAGCUGCCUGAAACGACUGAGGAGAAGAAGAAAAAAAAUAAGGAGAAGAGGGCAGAAGAAGAUGAAGAAGCCCAACCAAGGAAGAGAGAAGAAAGUAAUAAAUCGAGUGAGAAGAGGGAACGUAGGCGAGAAGGGAAGCACCUGAAGAAGAAGGAAGAAAAGAGAAAAGAGGCUGAGAGUCAGAAGUCGAUGGAGAAUCAACCACCACAAAAGGUGGAUGAAGGAAUGUCAAUGUAA